GGGUAGUGGGGUUCUCAAUUAAUACCUGGGGUAUAUCAAUCAUCACAUUUUUUUUUUGAUAAAUAUAUAUAUAUAUACCUUUGUUGUUGAUAUAUAACGAUGAACAUGGCCAAAAGGACUCAAAGAAAUCCCACGGUAUGGGUAUCUGCAUUAGUUGCAACCUCGGCGUUAGCACUCACUUAUAAGUUAUAUCAAACCUACUUCAAGUCAGAAGAGGAUGAAUUAGAAACGCGAUCUAUUGAGGAUAGUGAUAUCACGAGCUAUAUAAUCUCGCCCAAGUAUUCCAACAAAUCAAUUGCCAUAACCUUGUCAUCUACAUUUAUUUCAUCCAAGAUUCCUUUGAAUGAAAUCCUUAUAAAUCUGGAGAAUAUGAUUUUUAUAAUUCCUCCUAAUUUAAAUGAAGAAGACUUGAAUGUUACGAUUCCUCCUAACUUCAAGUUAUUGAAAUGUUCAAAUGUUGAUGGAUAUUUACAAGUAUUAAAGAAUUUGAAACCAGAUUUAUUAUUCUUGUGUAGUGACGAUUUAGGGAUUAAUAUUUCCAAUUUAAGUUCGGAUAUGAAGUUGUUUAUCAAAACAAUCGUUAAUGUUGAUCAAAACAAGGAAGAUAUUUAUAGCAAGUUGAGACCAAUUUUUGGUUAAUAGUUAGAUGAUUGAUUAUAUAUAGUAUUAGGUGGUAUGGAUUACUGCCUAUGUGAUUUAAUUCGGGGCCCAUCUUUUCGUUCUCUAUUUAUUGGUGUUUACCUAGUAAUAUAGAAGAUUUCAAUUGGCGAGACUCAGUAGAGUAUAUAAAGGUGAAUGUUCACUCAAUAGGAGUGCCAAGCUGUUCACUUCAAGCCUUCUGCCACUGC